AGCCAUUAUCACCCACAAAAGUAAUUUCCAAUGCCGCUUUCCCCGACCUCUAUUGUCCUCUAACCACUCAAACAUCCCAUCUUUGACUCCUCCCUCUUCUUGAACUCCAUCAUCUAGAAAAAAAAGGUGGAUAGUUGAACUGCUUUUGAGAUUUUCUUUUUCUCCCCAACACUGUCUUAUCUUGGUUGCUACCUGCCUCCUGCAUGAAACAGAAACAGAGUUUCCUUUAUUGUUUCUCACUGUUGCGAUGAAGUAUAUACGGACCAACAGCUUGAAACGGUUAUUCUCAUUAAAAAGACGCAGUUUCGAAGAAGGUGGUGCCAACCAACAUGGGGUUUUCGAAGAAGACACCAACAAUGAUAGUUUUAAAAUUGCUUCUGUUGCAGAGCGUUCUCAGCGACCUUCGUGGAGAAGCUUCUCCUUUGAAGAAAUUUUUGUUGCCACCAAUGCUUUUAGCUCAGAGAAUUUGGUAGGGAAAGGAGGGUAUGCAGAGGUAUACAAAGGAGUACUAAAGGAUGGGGAAGAGAUUGCAGUGAAGAGACUAACAAAAGCUUGUACUGAUGAAAGGAAAGAGAAGGAUUUCUUGACAGAAAUUGGAACCAUUGGUCAUGUUUGCCAUCCAAAUGUAUUGUCACUUUUAGGCUGUUGUAUCGACAAUGGCCUUUAUCUCAUCUUUGAGUUCUCCUCCAGAGGGUCCGUUGCUUCUCUUCUUCAUGAUGCGAAUUUGCCACCAAUGGAUUGGAAAACAAGAUAUAAGAUAGCAGUUGGUACUGCCAGAGGACUCUAUUACUUGCAUAAAGUGUGCAAAAGAAGGAUAAUUCACCGUGACAUUAAGUCUUCAAAUAUUCUAUUGGCUGCAGAUUUUGAACCUCAGAUAUCAGAUUUUGGACUAGCAAAAUGGCUUCCUUCUCAAUGGACACACCAUUCUAUUGCUCCAAUUGAAGGGACAUUUGGGCAUUUAGCACCCGAGUACUUCAUGCAUGGAACAGUGGAUGAGAAAACAGAUGUGUUUGCCUUUGGAGUUUUCUUGUUAGAGAUGAUUUCAGGGAGGAAACCAGUUGACGCCUCUCACCAAAGCUUGCACUGCUGGGCAAAACCACUGUUGAAACGUGAAGAGAUGGAAAAAUUGGUAGAUCCAAGGCUUGGAGGGUCCUACGAUAUUUCACAGCUAAAGAGACUUGCCUUCACGGCAUCCCUCUGCAUUCGAGCCUCUUCAGCCUGGCGUCCCACCAUGAAUGAGGUAUUGGAAGUUCUUAUGGAAGGGGAAACUGAUAAAGAGAGGUGGAGAAUGCCAGAAGAAGAGGAACAAGAAGAAUUCUGGGGCUUUGAGGAUCUUGAAUAUGAAUGUCACACUUCUUUCUCACUUUCACCUGAUGAUUCUCUCUCGACUGCAAGUUCUUUGAGGGGAAAAAAUUAAAAUAAUCCAAAAUCAUAAACAAAAUUUUAACCACUGCUAUAAAUUGUCUUCAUGUAAAUAUAAAUAUCUAUUUCGCAGUUAUGAAUAUAAUAUUUAGCGUGAAUUGUGGCAAGAAA